UCACUGUAGCUGUGCAAUGUACAGUCAUACUUUCUAGAAGGCAGGCUACUGUUUGUUUAUUGUGUUGUUUUACCACCUAGUAUGCCCAGUAGGGCUCUUCAGUUAGGGGAUCCUCACCAUUGGCUUUACUGUAAUUCAGCUGGUUGUUAUUUGUAUUGAAAAUACCAGAGGUUUCUAUGAACCCUGUCUUCUAAGUACAACCUGUUUGAGAGAUCCAGACAAAAGAGAUGGAGGGAGGAGUGAUGGAGAGAGAAGUGAUGUCUGAGAAGCCAGUCAUGCAGACACAGCCAUCCACAUUGCCCUUCUUCGACACGGCCCACGCCUUCAACCUGCUCCGGGGGAUCCACGAACUCCGCGCAGAGCGCAAGUUCUUUGAUGUCACGCUCUGCGCCGAGGGCCGCGAGUUCCACUGCCACCGGACUGUGUUGGCCGCAGCCAGCACCUACUUCAGGGCCAUGUUCGCCGGGACGCUGAGAGAGAGCGCCAUGGACCGCGUGGUCCUUCACGAGGUGUCUGCUGAACUACUGGGCCUGCUGGUGGACUUCUGUUAUACAGGCCGAGUCACAGUCACCCAGGAUAAUGUAGAUCUCCUGCUGAAGACAGCCGACCUGUUCCAGUUCCCCUCCGUUAAAGAGGCUUGCUGUGCCUUCUUGGAGCAGAGAUUAGACGUCUCCAACUGCCUGGAGAUCCAGGACUUUGCAGAGGCCUACGCCUGCCGUGAUUUGGCCGUCAGCGCCCGCCGCUUCGUCCUCAAGAACAUUGUGGACCUAGCCAAAGGCAAGGACUUUGAGCGGUUGCCCUGGAAACGGCUGCUGGAGUUCGUGUCGGACGAUGCGUUAUGUGUGGACAAGGAGGAGACGGCCUAUCAGAUCGCGGUGCGCUGGGUCAAAGCAGACUUACAGAGGCGGCUCCACUACUGGCCCACGCUGCUGGAGCAGGUCAGACUACCCUUUGUACGUCGGUUCUAUCUACUCGCCCACGUGGAAAGCGACCCCCUGGUUUACCUCUCCCCCUCCUGCCUGAGGAUGGUGAGCGAGGCCCGGAGCUUCCAGUCUUGUGAGUACGACCGGCAUGACAGACCCUGCCAACGCAUGCGGCCGCGGCCCUCCACCGGCCUGGCUGAGAUCCUGGUAGUGGUGGGCGGCUGUGACCAGGACUGUGACGAGCUGGUCACUGUGGACUGUUAUAACCCUCAGACUGGACAGUGGCGCUACCUGGCUGAGUUCCCCGACCACCUGGGAGGGGGCUACAGUAUGGCCGCCCUGGGCAAUGAUAUGUAUGUCACAGGAGGAUCGGACGGUUCUCGUCUCUAUGACGGCGUUUGGCGCUACAACUCCAGCGUUAACGAGUGGACCGAGGUGUCGCCAAUGCUCAAAGCCCGGGAGUACCACAGUUCCUGUGUCCUCAGAGGUCAGCUGUAUGUGGUGGCGCCAGACAGCACGGAGCGCUACGACCACUCGCUGGACUGCUGGGAGGCCCUGCCCCCCAUGCUGCACUCCAUGGACAACUGCUCCACCACCACCUGUAGGGGGCGUCUCUAUGCCAUCGGCUCCAUGACCACAACAGGGGAGGACAACAUGGCCAUACAGUGUUACGAUGUGGACACCAACCGCUGGACCCUGGUCAACUGUGGCGAGCUGCCACCGUGGUCUUUCGCUCCCAAGACGGUCACUCUCAAUGGGCUCAUCUACUUUGUCAGGGAUGAUUCGGCAGAGGUCGACAUCUAUAAUCCUCAGAAGAAUGAAUGGGACAAGAUCAGCCCCAUGACACAGGUCCAUGUAGGAGGCAGUGUGGCAGUCCUGGGUGGUCGUCUCUUCGUUUCUGGUGGCUAUGACAACACAUUUGAGCUGUCUGACAUGGUGGAGGCCUACGACCCCUCCACCCAUACCUGGACACCCGCAGGCCGCCUUCCCCAGCCCACCUUCUGGCAUGGCAGUGUCAGCAUCUUCCGCCAGCUCAUGCCCGCCGUAUCCAACGCUUUUGAACCCAUCGACCUGCCCGAGGCUAACUCCAUUCACCUGCACCGACACCACCGCAACCAGGCCAUGCACAACCACAACCUCAACCAGAACCACGACGUCAACCCAGUGUAACACACUCCAUGGACUAAUGGGUCAGGGAAUAUCAUACUGACCACUGUUUCAGCCAUUUUAGGUUUACUGUGAAAACAUACACCUCAUUAUGAUGCCACAGAACAAAAGGUGGAAAGACAGAGUGAUCAAAUGAUCCUGCAUGGAUGUGAUCACUAUAGGACUGUAAUUACAUUACAUUGUGCUUAUGUGACUGAACAUGUGUGCAAUGUUGUGAUCCCCAUGUAAUUCACUUGCCUACCACACUGUCAUUGAUCAUGAUCAAUGGGCAUAUUAUUGACUGGACUAACAGACUGGCUGGGUAUGAAGGUCUCAUGUUGGGGAAAGCACAAUCUACCCAUACAUGGACAUCUACAACAGGCAGUAGUGUAUUAUCUAGAUUAUGGUUAUACAGUUGAAGUCUGAAGUUUACAUAUACCUUAGCUAAAUACAUUUAAACUCAGUUUUUCACAAUUCCUGACAUUUAAUCCUUGUAAAAAAUUCCCUGUUUUAGGUCAGUUAGGAUCACCACUUUAUUUUAAGAAUGUGAAAUGUCAGAAUAAUAGUAGGGAGAAUGAUUUAUUUCAGCUUUUAUUUCUUUCAUCACAUUCCCAGUGGGU